AUGGUUCAAGUCAUUCUGCCCGCGCUGAUUCCCGACAUCCGCCGCGUCUAUGACAUCUAUUUCGCGGCUUUCGAGAGCGACCCCAUGGGCCGCCUGAUGCUCAAGAUCCUGUUCCCGAGCAUCCUCGACGACGGCUUCCGGGAGGCCCACGCGGCCGGCACGCUGCAGUACUGGCACAGCAGCGACAGCCAGUACACCCUGAAGUGUGUCGACACGGACACGGGCGACAUCAUCGGCAUGGGGCUCGGCGAUCUCUACCUGAGAGAGCGGACCCCAGAAGAGCGGCGGAACCUUGGCGUGCCCUGGUUGCAGGGCGAGCAGCGCGAGCGAGCCGAGAAAAUCCUCAACCCCCUGUGGGAGGUGCGAGAGAGGCUCUUUGGCGGCCGACCAUACAUCUACGUCCACGUUAUCGCAGUCGACCCCAAGCACCAAGGGCGCAAGGCCGGGGCUCUCUUGGUGCAGUGGGGCAUUCAGAUGGGCGAACUGGCGGGCCUGCCCGUAUACUUCGAGUCCUCGCCGUCGACGGUGAAUCUGUACAAGAAGAUGGGGUUCGAGGUCCUGCCCGAGAAGAUCGUCCACAAAGCCGAGGUCCUGGGGACCGAGUCGGACAUCGAGGUGCCCCUGAUGGUGAAAUUGCCCUCGUCCGCAAAGGGAAUGACCUUUGACCAGUGGCGUCGCCAACAAGGGGACAUGGAGGGGGUCAGCAGCAGCGGCCUGCCAGCCCCGAGCACAAACGUGACGACGGAUGGUGUUGUGCAGCAUGCACCGCAAAUUGUGGCUUAAGUCUAGUGGCGCCGGGGCGGACUUUUGAGAAACUUUUUUUUUUCGGUUGAGCGUG